ACAUUUGCCCAUUGAUUCAUCUCUCGUCCAGUGCUGGUCUUUUCCCCCGAGAGCACUCUUCCUUUCUUUACAUUUCGUGCACCACACGCUCAGAAUCAAAAUUACUCAAAAAUAGGGGGCCUGCAUGACACGCGAGGCCCAAUUGAUGUAACCAGCAGAAACUGCGGUGGGGAAGGAUGCAUCCAUCACCUAAGAAGCUAAUAUCGUCACCCUGCUCUCAUCGCGAUUUAGGUCUCUGUGAUUGGGAACAGCCAAUGAUGAGCAGCCACCCUCAUGCGACUGACUUGCGAACAACGUGUUGGCACUGUGAUUUUUGGAUUCACUUGCACAACAGGUUUUCAUUAGUUCACAUUAUGAGGCGACAAUGCUAUUGUGAGGAAAUGACGAAGAUUUUCAGACUAGGGGAGGAAAAGGAAUCCUCGUCUGAGCUGAAAAGUCUACAUCUUUCAAGAGUAUUAGGUGCUUAGUCGUUGAUAGGACUCGGUUCUCGAAAGAACCUGCAAUCUCUGCAGAAGCUUUGGAAUUCGGAACCACGAAAAACUUCAAACAUUGACGAGGGGAACAGUGUGGCGACUGAGAGAAGCAGAAAACCGAAGCAUUGAAUAUCGACGAUACUGGGUGGAGAGCGUGGCUUAAGUUGCUGGGACUAGUCACUUUCUGCUGUUAUUCGGGCUUUAACAGUAGUUGGAGAUGAUUGACCUCUUACUGAUGUUGUCGUUUCUACAGGGUCAUGCACGAGAGUAAUUUGUCACAAAGAUUGACAUAUUCAUCAAGUUACGCCGAUCAAUUUAGUAGAAUCGUGAAAGAAGAGUCGAGACAGGCUGAAUUUGUCAAGUUUGUCCUCGUGCGUGUUAACGGGCCAUGCUGAGCAGAACAAUGAAAAUGGUCGAGAAACGAUGGAACCAUGCGGAAAGUACCAAUGUGUACGCAGAUUUUAGCGAAUACUAUAAUGUGGGAAAAUAUGAGAUUGAUGGCGGCAGAAUACAGUGGGAAGAAAUGCAUGUCAGGAAAGAGUAUACUGUUGCAGAAGUUUUAGAACAGUAAGAGACGAUUCGCUUCUAAUUCAGCUCUUAUGAAGCCAUGACAUUCUGAAACUUGGAACAGUCCGCAUUUUGUGUGACGAAUAUUUUUCGAAUAUUUCAGCGAGUAUUUGUGUAAUCCGAAUGGGUAGGACACAUGUGGGGUGCUGGAAGCAGAGGAUAAAAAUUGUCAAAUUGAAAGCGAUUUAUAAAAACUUGAAGGUGCGCAUCUUGAGAAGUUCCCAAUUAAGAAUUUU